GAUGACUUUCUGUCAAACUAUUAAUGUCAAAAAAUAAAUAAAUAUUUUGAUUUUGCAUUUUGCAAGGUUUGAAGGUUUAAAAAUGAGUAUCAAUCCAAUUCUUUUGCAAAAAUCUAUAAGAGAUAAUGCAGCCGACCUGCAUGAUUUUUCAAAAGAUCUAAAAAGUUGGGGUGAAGAAAUGAAACGCAAGGAAGAAGCCAUGAAAAAUGAUAAGGCAUCUCUUAAUUCAAAAACUGUAAACAAAGAUCCUAAAAGCACUAAAAAGUUGAAAGUUAAUGAAAAAUUGAAAAAACCAGCUACAAGGCUUGGAGCCACAGAUUAUGCAGCAUGGGAUAAAUUUGAUGCUGAUGCUGAGCUUGAGAGAUUAGAAGAAGACAUUCCUGAUGACUCGGAUUUAACAGAUGAAUGCAAUGAUAAUAUGAUAGAUGAAUCUAUUGUAGCGAAGGAAAAGGGCAACCAAUUUGUUAAAAGUCAAAAGUGGGAAGAAGCUAUAAAAUGUUACACAAAGGCUAUUAAAUGUUACUCAUAUGAUCCUAUAUUUUAUGCAAACAGGGCUCUUUGUUAUUUAAAACUCAAUAAGUUUGAAGAAUGUGAGAAAGACUGCGACCUCUCAAUAAAAUUGGAUGACACUUACGUAAAGGCGUACCAAAGAAGGGCAGCUUCUAGAAUAAAACUUAGUAAAUUCGAACAUGCUGAAGUGGAUUUAAAGAAAGUACUGAUAUUAGAACCGAAAAACAAGGAGGCAAAAGCUGAAUUAGACAAACUGUCUAUACUUUUGAAAAGAAAUGUAGAUGUAGCUGAUCAAAGACCUAUCUCAAAAUUUACUGCAUCCAGGAACAAAUCAAAUAGCUCAAACUUAAAACCCUUUAUGCCAAUUUAUAAGCCUCCAAAGGAUAAAGAGGUUAGCAACGAGUUACCACAACAAAUAAUUGAUGAUAGUACACCUAUUCCACAUUGGGUCUCAGAUCCAGAAAUAAUUGAAGUGAAACCAGUUAAAAAACCUCCUCAUUUGAGAUCAAAAAAACCUCUUAAACGGAUAAAGAUAACUGAAAUUGAUAAUACUAACACAAUCCUUGAUGUGUCUAAACCAGUAAAUAAAGAAGCUGUUAAAGAGCAUGUGUUAGAGAAGAAAGAAAAUAAUAACAAACAAGAAUCUGUUACCACAAGAUCAAUAUCAGCUUUUAAAAAAGAUAGAAAAGUAAAAUUCGUCCAAGAGGUCGAUAAUUCUUUGAACGAAUCUCAAGAAUCUCACAACCAAACAUUGCAUUCUACUAAAGUAGUAAAAAAUGUUAAUUCUGAAUCAAUAACGAAGCCUGAACCUAAUUUGCAUCACCUCAAGAUAGAAGAUCUGAAUGUAAUCGAAAAGAUCAAUCCUAUUAUAAGUACAGCUAAAGAUGUUAAAAAUUCGGUUAAUGACACUAAAAAACUUAUAGAAAACAAUGAACUAAACACGAGCUUCAAGUGUCCAAAAAACGCUGUACAAUUUUAUACGAGUUGGAAAAACUUCAGAACUACCGAAGAGAAAUAUACAUACCUCAAGUUGAUUGAUUGUCAGGAUAUUCCCAAAAUAUUUUUAAAUUCUUUAGAUAGUGCUGUAUUUAGUAAUAUAUUAGAAGUUUUAGUCAAACAUUUUAUAGGAAACAACGACAAAUUGUAUGACAUUUUAUAUUCGUUUACGGAAGUAAAGAGGUUUAGUGCCAUAACCAUGUUCUUGAGUGGAGAGGAUAAAAGCAAUGUAUGGAAAUUAUUGGAUCACAUUAAAGAAUGCCAGGAACGAGAAAAAGACGACGUUGACAAAUUAAUAGCUAAAUACGAACUUUAGAUUAGUUUGCAGCACAACGCACCUUCAGCAUGUUCUAAUUUAUGUAAACAUUAUUUAGGUCUGUAAUCUUUUUCUCAUAGGCAUCUUUCAGUACGUCACAGUUUUUCGAUUUCUUUCUAACGCAUUAAAUUGUAUGUGACAGAAAAAAAGGCACGUCCGUGAUUACAGACAUUUAUAACAUUUAUUCUAAUUGUUGAUAGAUGGCGCUAUAAUCGAAAUAAAAUUAUUUACGAAUUAUAUAAUAUAUCUACGAAUAUAGUCUGUACAAUUUAUAAGACUAUACAAAUCAAAGAAAAUACCAUUUUAUAAAUGCAAUAAACACAAUUGAUUUGUUUUUAUGCCAAAUUGUAAAUAAAAUGUGAAAACUGGGAGAUUUAACUAAAAUGUCAUGUUAGAAUAAAUGUGUAUUAUCACGGACCUACCUGUUUUUCUAUCAUCUGUGACGCACUGAAAAAUGCCUAUGAAAAGGACCAUAGCACGUUUCUUACAUAUUUUAGGUUUUCAAAGGUUUUUAUAUUUAUAAUAUGUUGAUGUAAUUGUGAAAAUUUAAUAAAGUUAUAAAAAGA